GGCGCGGGCUCGUCACUCGCGCUGUGAAUCGUGAACGAGAAAUUUCUUCGUUUGUCCUACGGACAGAAAUUUUACGAGGCUUUCCAAAUAAUUCUAAGAGAACCCGAAGAAAAUGGCGAAGGCACCCGCGGUCGGUAUUGAUCUUGGCACAACUUACUCCUGCGUUGGCGUCUUCCAACACGGCAAGGUCGAGAUCAUCGCCAACGAUCAGGGCAACCGCACGACGCCCAGCUAUGUGGCCUUCACGGAAACCGAACGUCUUAUCGGAGACGCCGCCAAGAACCAAGUCGCCAUGAACCCCAACAACACCAUUUUCGAUGCCAAAAGGUUGAUCGGACGUCGCUUCGAAGAUCCGACCAUCCUCGCUGACAUGAAACAUUGGCCCUUCACCGUAAUAAAUGAUAGUGGCAAGCCAAAGAUCCAAGUACAGUACAAAGGAGAGACGAAGACUUUCUUCCCCGAAGAAGUGAGUUCGAUGGUCUUAGUAAAAAUGAAGGAGACUGCAGAGGCAUACUUAGGCAAGACUGUCACCAAUGCUGUGAUCACCGUCCCCGCUUACUUCAACGACUCGCAGCGUCAGGCAACCAAGGACGCUGGUACCAUCUCGGGCUUAAACGUAUUGCGUAUUAUCAACGAGCCCACCGCCGCCGCGAUUGCAUACGGUCUCGACAAAAAGGCCACCGGCGAGCGAAACGUCCUUAUCUUUGAUCUCGGUGGUGGCACUUUCGAUGUGUCCAUCCUGACCAUCGAAGAUGGUAUCUUCGAGGUCAAGUCCACGGCUGGAGAUACUCAUUUGGGUGGCGAGGACUUCGAUAACCGCAUGGUCAAUCACUUCGUGCAAGAAUUCAAACGUAAAUACAAGAAGGAUUUGACUUCGAACAAACGCGCACUUCGUCGUCUUCGCACGGCUUGCGAACGUGCCAAGCGUACCCUGUCAUCCUCCACCCAGGCCAGCAUCGAGAUCGAUUCGUUGUAUGAGGGAAUCGAUUUCUACACUUCCAUCACCCGAGCUCGUUUCGAGGAACUCUGCGCCGAUCUCUUCCGCGGUACUCUUGAACCCGUUGAAAAGUCGCUGCGCGACGCCAAAAUGGACAAAGCCCAAAUCCACGAUAUCGUUUUAGUCGGAGGCUCUACGCGAAUUCCCAAGAUUCAGAAGCUCCUGCAAGACUUUUUCAAUGGCAAAGAGCUUAACAAAUCUAUCAAUCCUGACGAGGCUGUGGCAUAUGGCGCGGCAGUACAGGCGGCUAUCUUGCACGGUGAUAAAUCCGAGGAGGUGCAAGACUUGCUUUUGCUCGAUGUCACUCCGCUCUCUCUGGGUAUUGAGACUGCCGGUGGUGUCAUGACUGCGCUCAUUAAGAGAAAUACCACCAUCCCGACGAAGCAGACUCAAACCUUUACAACUUACGCCGACAAUCAACCUGGCGUGUUGAUUCAGGUGUACGAGGGUGAGCGCGCCAUGACCAAGGAUAAUAAUUUACUGGGUAAAUUCGAACUUAGCGGUAUUCCACCAGCACCUCGUGGAGUUCCUCAGAUUGAGGUGACGUUCGACAUCGAUGCGAACGGCAUCCUCAAUGUUUCCGCCGUGGACAAAUCUACUGGCAAGGAGAACAAGAUCACUAUCACCAACGACAAGGGUCGACUCAGCAAAGAGGAUAUUGAAAGAAUGGUGAAUGAAGCAGAGAAAUACCGCAGUGAGGACGAGAAGCAGAAGGAAACGAUCUCUGCCAAGAAUGGUCUCGAAUCUUACUGCUUCAAUAUGAAGAGUACAGUCGAGGAUGAGAAGCUGAAGGACAAGAUCAGCGCGUCAGACAAGCAAACAAUUCUGGACAAGUGUAAUGACAUCAUCAAAUGGCUCGAUGCGAACCAGCUGGCUGACAAAGAAGAAUACGAACACAAACAGAAGGAGCUCGAAGCCAUCUGUAACCCCAUCGUUACGAAACUGUAUCAGGGUGCCGGUGGUAUGCCCGGUGGCAUGCCAGGUGGUUUCCCUGGAGCUGGUGGCGCCACUCCUGGUGGAGCACCCAGUAGCGGCGGUGCAUCUGGACCCACUAUUGAAGAAGUCGACUAAAAAGGAUCGUCCCUGGCUUUGUCUCGCCACUGCCCAUUGUUAGUUUAUUCGGUUUUUUUUUCUUAAUCGCAUUUAUUUUUUUAUUAAGGAAUGCGUGCAGAGGAUGCCUAUCCUCUGCACGCAAAAAUAAAUAAAUUAUAAAGAGUACGAGGUGCGGCUAUUAAAUAACGAGACUGACGCUGUAAAACAUUUUAUUUUGAUUUCAUAUAUAUUUACUUAUUAUCACCUUCAAUAUACACCCCUCCUCUAUCCCUAUAACGCUCCAUGCGAAUCUUCCAUUGUUUGAAACAGUGCUGAAAGUCUUCUUCUGUCAGCUCCUUUAGGACGCGUGCCGCUUUCUCUUUCAUAGCUUCAACGGACUCAAAUCUUGUUUUAAUUUUGUCAUUUUAAUUUAAUGUUAUUAUCCUUUCCAAUGAGUUUGGAUCAUUUUCAAUGGCAUUCAAAGUGUCAGUACAAAGAUUUUUGCGAGCUUCUUGUUGUUCAAACGUGAGAAUUUUAGGUAUCAUUUUGGCACACACUUUUUUCAUGUUAAAAUUGUUAUGUAAAAUUGCCGUACACAUUCUUUGUCAAUUCCUACAGUUUCACCAAUCGUACGAAUACUUAACCGACGGUCGGAUCGAAUUACCAGAUUACCGAUUGUUUCAAUAUUGUCAUUCGUUUUUGACGUGGAAGGGCGACCCGGGCGUGAAUCAUCUUCAACGUCUUCUCGGCCGUCUUGGAAACGCUUAAACCACUCAAAAACACGUGCGAUAAACAUUCAUGGCCAUACACUUCUUUCAAUAAAUUAUAAGUUUCAGUAGCGGUUUUUCCAAGUUUCACGUGAAAUUUCACAACAAUUCGUUGCUCUAUUGUUACACUUAUCAUUUUUCCGGCGAAACAAAAAAACAACUCUAAUGCGAAAGAAGGCUACGGCUAUACGGAUUUGUUUACAGAAGCGAGAGGUACUGCAUUCGAAAGAGAAGGCUUCACGCUAAACAGCUGUCGGUCGCUGGCGUUUGGUGCAUGCGUACUUCUGUAGCAGCGUCAGUCUCGUUAUUUAAUAGCCACACCUCGUACAUUUACUUCAAAAUAGAAAAUGGUGAAAUAGAAGAACUUAUUUAAAAAACGACCCUAGAGAAAAGUAUGUAAGGAAUGAUUAGAGCAAAGUCUGCAGCGGUAUAAUAAUUAUAUUCGUUUAUUCGUUUUUUUUUCUUUUUCGUGUUCGUUUGUUUUUUUAUCAAGAAAUGCGUAUUGCGUGCAGAGGAUGGGCGGGCACCUUCUCUGCACGUAAUAUGCAUCCAUGAUAAAAAAAUAAACGAAAAAGAAAAAAAAACGAAUAAA